AUGGAAAUAGAUCAAAAUGCACAAAUUCUAUUGACACAAGGUGCCACGUUAGUUUUAUUAGAUGUACCCGCGGGCACUGACAUUGGUAUUGAUAUAAAGUCCUGGAAUGUAGGGCAGAAUUUUAAGGGAUUCAAACUGAUCCCUCCUGGAAUCCACUUUGUACAUUAUAGUGCAGCAAAUGAAUUUGAUGAGUUGGCACCUAGAGUUGGUUUCUUUCAUGACUUCCAGAAAGGUGAAUUCUUAGUGAAAAAAUGGGAUAACAAAAAAGAAGUUGUUAGUUCAGAAUCUGUACCUGACGAGACGAUUCAGAGGUUGAAAGAUAACAUAAAAGAGUUGAACAGAUAUUUAGGAUCAUAUCCAUACGAAAUAUCGAAAUCUUGGACAAAAUUAACAAAUGACAUUACUGCAUCUAUCAUGACGAGGUGUUCGCCAUUAUGUGGUUAUGUGCGAUCCGCUUUGGAAUUGGAGCACGAUGCUUCGAGACCACGUGGCCGAGAUAGCAAACGAAAAAAUUCCAGUAUACUCACGGCGAAGGAGGAGCAGAUGAUGCCGAAUCUGAAACCGAAGUCUGGUACAGAACUCAGGCUUACAGAAAUACCAGAUAGACAUUAUCCUGACGAUGCGACUCCAAGCGAGAUAACACGGCAUUCUCUUGAUACUAGUUAUGUUUUAGAUAUCACUUUAAAAAAAUUGCGAGAACCUGUCGAAAUUAUCGGGGAAAUGCAACUGACAUUCAUUUGCUUCCUAGCUGGUCAGAGCUUGGACGCUUUCGAGCAAUGGAAGAAACUUAUAUCACUGAUUUGUGGCGCCGAUAACGUGAUUCCACAAUAUCGCUCUAUGUAUAUGGAAUUUCUGCAAACUCUGGAAGAAGAAUUAUCGUAUGUGCCAGAAGAAGUACUCUGCGAUAUUGUAGCGAGCAAUAAUUUUGUAUAUCAUAAUCUGUGCAACUUAUUCGGUAAUAUCGAGUCAAAUUCUGAGGUGGACGAUCGAUUGAAAUCGUACGCCAAGCGUUUACAGGGUCGAUUGACCGCCAAGUUUUUGUGGGACUUUUCGAAUUUACUCGAAGAAGCGGACGAUGAGGCGCCUAUUAUUGUCACUUUAUCAAACACAAAUAAAUAAACAAUAAUAAAUGAUUUAAA